GAAAACUACACUUCCCACAAUGCUCUGCUCCAUUCUCAAGCUCUCGCGUAGGAUCACAGACGUCUUUCAGGAGGAAAUAACGGGUGCUUGGCUCUCUGUUUCUGAGGCUUGCUGUGGAAAUCUGAGCCUCAAAAUAGGAAACAUGGAAGAAAGACCUUCAAACCAACUCUAUUCAUUAGUAUUCUAAAACUAGGUUUACUAUCUUCCAUUAAGAUUCCCUUUUGUAGCCUCCUCAGUUUUAUGUAGCCGUUCCUGGACGCUCUCCAUUUUGGACGUGGGAUCGGUUGAGCUGUUUACCAGUGCUGGAGGAAAGGCCUAAUCCCAAAUCCUUCUGGAGAGCGCUAAGACACUGCCUGACUCCAAGCUGACGGGAUUAACUUCAUAUUAGAUUUGUGAGACAAGGGAAAGAGAACACCUGCUUGUUUCUACAGGCAAAUCCAGGCCUGGAUCUUGUAUGCGAAACGCCACCUUCCAUUGUCAAGUUUGGCACAAUUUGUGCACUUCCCAGAAUUGCCUCCUGUUGUAGGACUUGAUAAUCCAGAAUCAUUCAGAAUCAAGGUCAGUCGUCCUUGACUGCAGAAAAGGGACGGUGCUCGUGUUCGGCCCCCAAAUAUUAAGACUAGAGACUUUGUUGGAUACAUUAUGCCAUUAAAAGCGUAGUGCACAAGCAGAUCUGCAUCAUCUGUGUCCGAGAAGACCCAUCAGCCAAGCUGGAAAGAAAAAAAAGGCUUAAGAAAGAGGGGGCGUACUGAGCCAGGUCGUUCUUAUUCUGCUCUGGUCGUUUCUCUGCUCAGUGGAAACCUGCAUUCGAUGGCUCCUCUGCCGACUCAGACCGGAGUGACCACUGCCCUGUGAAGGACUACGCUCAAGCCUCAUCCGUCAGAUAAGCAAAGGAGGAUGAAACUGAAGAAGCAGGUGACCGUUUGUGGCGGGGCCAUCUUCUGUGUGGCUGUCUUCUCUCUCUACCUGAUGUUGGAUCGCGUCCAGCACGAUCCCGCCAGGAGACAGAGCGCCGGAAACUUUCCUAGGAGCCAGAUUUCGGUGUUGCAGAACCGCAUCGAGCAGCUGGAGCAGCUCCUGGAGGAGAAUCAUCAGAUCAUCAGCCACAUCAAAGACUCUGUGCUGGAGCUCACCGACACGGGGGCCAUCUCUCCAAGCGGACACCUCCCCUUCCGUAGCGCCAAUGGCUCCUGGGUGCUGCCCUUUGAUGGCAGGCCCACCUUUCUCUCCGUCAAGCCGCUGGAUUGCCAAUUCGCACUGGGCCGCAGGAGCCAAACCGACCUGCAGAUGCUGGAUGUAUACUCCUUGCUGAGCUUCGAUAACAUGGAUGGAGGUGUUUGGAAGCAAGGCUUUGAGAUCACCUACGAGCCCAACGAGUGGGACGACGAGCCCCUGCAAGUGUUUGUGGUCCCUCAUUCGCACAACGAUCCAGGAUGGAUCAAAACAUUUGACAAGUACUACAAUGACCAAACCCAGCAUAUCUUCAACAACAUGGUGGUGAAACUGGCCGAAGAUCCUCGCCGGAAAUUCAUUUUGUCGGAAAUCUCGUUCUUCGCCAAGUGGUGGGAAAGUGCAGAUGUACAGAAACAAGAGGCAAUGCGCAAGCUGAUCCUUAGCGGACAGCUUGAGAUAGUGACGGGAGGCUGGGUCAUGACGGACGAGGCCAAUGCUCACUAUUUCGCCAUGAUCGAUCAGCUGAUUGAAGGCCAUCAGUGGCUAGAGAAAAAUCUGGGUGUGACCCCUCACUCAAGCUGGGCCGUUGAUCCAUUUGGGCACAGCGCCACGAUGCCUUACCUACUGAAACGGGCGAACAUGAGCAGCAUGCUGAUCCAGAGGGUCCAUUACUCCAUCAAGAAGCACUUUGCUGCCACACGGAGCCUUGAAUUCAUGUGGAGGCAGACCUGGGAUAUUGAAUCGGGCACAGACAUGUUCUGCCACAUGAUGCCAUUUUACAGCUACGACGUGCCUCACACGUGCGGCCCAGACCCCAAGAUCUGCUGCCAGUUUGAUUUCAAGAGGCUGCCGGGCAGUCGAGUCAACUGCCCGUGGAAGGUGCCGCCCCGAGCCAUCUCAGAUGCCAACGUGGCCGAGAGAGCUGGCGUUCUGCUUGAUCAAUACCGUAAAAAAUCCAAGCUGUUUAGGAGCAAAGUGUUGCUGGUUCCUCUGGGGGACGACUUCCGCUACGACAAAGCAUUAGAGUGGGACCAGCAGUACUUCAACUACCAGAAACUGUUCGAUUACAUGAACUCUCACCCAGAAUUGCAUGUAAAGGCCCAGUUUGCGACGCUGACAGAUUACUUUAAUGCGGUGUACAAGGCUAAUGGAGUCGCUCCUGGGACGAGACCACCCGAUUACCCUGUGCUGAGCGGUGACUUCUUCGCUUAUGCUGAUAGAGAGGACCAUUACUGGAGUGGAUACUACACCUCACGUCCCUUCUACAAAAAUUUGGACCGUGUGUUAGAAUCUCACCUACGAGGGGCAGAGAUUCUCUACAGCCUAGCGGUGGCUCACGCUCGGCGUGCGGGACUGGAAGGACGUUAUCCCGUUUCAGAUUACUCCCUCCUCACCGAUGCCAGGCGCAACAUAGGGCUGUUCCAGCACCACGAUGCCAUCGCGGGCACUGCUAAAGAGGCUGUCGUCAUCGACUACGGAAACAGGCUAUUACGUUCUCUGGUCGGUCUGAAACGAGUGAUCAUUAAUGCUGCACACUUCCUGGUAAUAAAGAAUAAAGACAUUUAUCGCUUCUACCAGACGGAGCCUUUCUUAGAGACGGAUGACAGACGCGCCACACAAGACUCUCUCCCGCAGCGCACGCUUAUCGAGCUGGAAUCUUCUCCCAGGUAUCUGGUGCUGUUUAACCCCGUUGAGCAGGAGCGUCUGUGUGUAGUGACUGUGCUGGUGAAUUCGGCGAGAGUUAGGGUUCUCACUGAAGACGGGCAGACUUUACCGGUUCAGCUGAGCGCGCAGUGGGUGUCUGCUGUUGAGAUGAGUGGAGAGGUCUACCAGGCUUCUUUCAUGGCACGCCUCCCCGCUCUGGGAUUGGCUGUCUUCCACCUGUACGACUCUGCGGACUCCCCCAUGACCCUGCGCUCUGAUACGCUGCUCAGGAUUCCGGGACGGGGUCAGAGCAUACGGGGUUUGGACCCUCUGCCUGUGCGAUCGCAGACGGUAGACGCCCAGCCGUUCUACAUCCAGAGCCAGUCUCUCACUCUGGGCUUCUCUGGAACCACAGGCCUGCUGGAGAGCAUUCGACGUAAAGACGAUCCCCAGGAGGUGAGGGUACAGAUUCAGUUCCUCACAUACGGAACUCGACCCUCCAAGGACAAGAGCGGGGCCUAUCUCUUCCUGCCGGACGGAAAUGCCAAGCCGUAUUCACAGAGAGAAGCCCCUGUAGUGCGUGUGAUGGAAGGGCCUCUCUUCGCUGAGGUUGUGGCACAUUAUCAACACUUCCAGCAGACGGUCCGCAUUCAUAAUGUUCCAGGAGUUGAUGGUCUUUCUCUGGACAUCACCACCAUGGUGGACAUCAGAGAUCAGAAUAACAAGGAGCUGGCCAUGCGGCUGGUUACUGACAUUCAGAGCGGAGAGACUUUCUACACAGACCUUAACGGCUUCCAGAUCCAGCCUCGCCGGUACUUCCAGAAACUUCCACUGCAAGCUAAUUUCUACCCAAUGCCUGCCAUGGCAUAUAUUCAAGACAGCCAAUACCGGCUCACGCUCCACACGGCCCAGGCACUGGGCGUCAGCAGCCUGGCCAGCGGUCAGCUGGAGGUGAUCCUGGACCGCAGACUGAUGCAAGACGAUAACAGGGGUCUGGGGCAGGGCCUGAAGGACAACAAACGAACGGCCAAUCGCUUCCGUCUUCUGCUCGAGAGGAGGAGCAGCAGUGGAAAGCCUGCUGGCUCCUAUGCCAGAGUCACCAACGUGAUAAACAAAAUCAUUGCUGGUAUUUUAGGAGAUGGCCAGGAAGAGCCGGUGGACAGCAGACCGGUCAGCUUCCCAUCGCUGCUCAGUCACAUGACCUCCACCAUCCUGAACCAUGAGGUUCUGGCACUGCCUGUGUUGCCCAGGAAACACGGCGUGCCGCCCAUGCGUACCUUCGCUCCAUUGGCUGGCACCCUGCCCUGCGACUUCCACCUGCUGAACCUCAGGAGCAUCCAAAGCCCGCAGGAUGCUCACUCUCCAUCUCCCUUCACGGCUCUGCUCCUCCAUCGACUGGGCCUGGAUUGUGGUCUGGAGGCCCAGAACCCUGGUUUCAACUGCACCACCACACAAGGCCAGCUCUCCAUUUCUGGGCUGUUCCGUGGGCUAGAUCUUCAGCUCCUGCAGCCCAUGUCUCUGUCUCUGAUGCACUCUCAGCCUCCGCUCUCCAACGACUCCUCCAUCAAUCUGGAGCCAAUGGAGAUCUCCGCCUACAAGCUCAAGCUGUGCUAGAACGAUGUUGCACCCGAACCGGGCUCUCCGUGUGGACCCUUGGAACCUGUGCUAAAGCAGAGAACCACAGCUGGAUGAGCAGAGGACUCUUUUGGAGAUUGUUUAUCCAGACUUAAUGUAUCUGAAUCAACACAAAGGCGCUAACUAAACCCUUGCAAAAUGGGAAAUACAAGACUCGAGGAUGAGAACGUUCCAGCCAAAGUCAGAUUUGGUGGCUGGCCCGGGCGCUGAGAUAAGAAUGUCCGUGUGCGUUUUCUGUUUUUUUUGCUUUUCAGAGAUUUUAUCAGGCAGAGCACUAAUCGGUGAACAUCUUUUUAUUCCAGCAGUGCCGACCGUUGUUUUUUAGCUCUGUUUUUUUUUUUCUUCUCUUUUGUCUGUGGCUGGAACUGCUGACAGUUUCUCAUUCAUUCAUCCCUGAAGUUCGUACUGUAUGUAAAUAACUCAAAAACUACAUACACAACUGGAUCUAUACAAAAUUGUGGGACUCAGUGCAAUAUGUGAAGCUUUUAUUUCUCCAUUUUCUUUGUUUUCUAUUCCUAAGGCCUUGGAAGCUAUGCUUGAAUCCGUGUCAUUGUCAUUUGGGCUCACGCAGUUAUUUUAUUUCUUUAUCUCUGCUGUGGACUGUUCUGGCUACGCUCGGCGGCCACAUGUUUUUAUUUCUUUUUUUCUAUGAAUGUCAAUCACCCAGCUUGGCCUGCGAAGGCUGUCAGUGCUGUAACAGACGCGGCAUUUACAGAUCUCUUUCUUUCAGAAUGGCUCACGACGCUUCGAUGACAGAAGAAGACGGGUCUUCAGCUAGCUCUUUCAUUGGUCGGGCUCAGACUGAGCGACGAGAGCUGACGUUUACAAUCUUUAUCCACCGUAUCUUCUGUUAAUAAAUAAAGCUGCUUCUUAAUAAGCUAGCUGUGGAUUAUCCGCAACACAUUUUUGUUAUUUGUACCAUUUUGAUCGUGUCUGGCAUAGUAACGAGCCGCAGAAUGUGCAUUUAUACUUUUUUCAUGUUAUAUGCAGGUUUGAGCCGUAUUUAAAUGCAGUUCGGGAACAGAUAUGCAGAGAUGGUCUUGUUUCAAGACCUAGAUCAGUUUAGUCAUUGACAUAUACGCUUGAUAUACCUUCUCGCAGUAUUUUCAGGUAAACAGAACUCGUAUCCGAUUGUAGUGCGGGUAGCAACAGGUUCCUGCACUCAGAUUUAGCCAAUUUCCCACACAAAAACGCAUUUAGGCCUUAUCUCGCUGUAGGAAACCCAUCUGUAAUGUGUAGCAGAGCUAUCUCAGUCGUCCCUUCUGGCUUUUGUCUGUCACCUCGGUUUGCUUGAAUCUGACAAUGUUGAACAUGAGAAUGCUGUCUGUCCAUCAAUAUGUCGUGUCGUCUCGUGUCUCACCUCUCCCAGCCUGUCUGUCUGUCUCCCCUGGGAAAAUCUUAAAUUACAGAAAAAUAUUCUCGCAACUCCAUGCCUGAUUAUCUCUGUAGUGCGCCCACGUCCAUUUACAUCAGUCAGGCCAUCAGCCGGCUUUUCCAGCUAAUCAAGUUCCGGAGUAGCGUCCUAUCAGGAAGAUAAUUCCCCACAGGAGGAACUCCUAGUAUGGAGUGCCAAACGUCUGUCCGAUUGCUUUGGAACACAUUCUGGCGCCCAACGUGGCGUGCUUGCUCCUGUAAUUCGGUCUGAUUCAUUUCCAUGCUCGUUUUUCCUGUGCGUACGCUUUCCAUACUGACAGAUCUCUUUGUUAGAUGUCCUUUAUUUGUUGUGUGUUCUGAGAUGGAACUUUUUCUGAAGAAAUGACAGUGAAUUGAGAGGUUAAUUUAUUCUUUUGUUGUCGUUUCUUUUUUUCUUUUCUGUUUUGGUUUGAUAUUGAGAGUGUGUGUGUUCAUAAAAAUGACUCGUAAAAGCAAAUGCAAAGACAUUAAAGUGGACGUUUAAUAAAGAUCACACAUGGGGAAAAAAAGUGAUUCACUUUUUGCAUUAUAAUUGGCUUUUCAUUGUUGUCCGAUGUCUUGAAGCUUUGUUGUGGUGCUCUGAAGCGCAGACAGGGGGCAGUAGGGAGUUGUCUGCAUUUAACGUGGCUCGAGCGCGAGGCGUGGGGUGUGAAAUGUUGAGUUCAGUUAACAAAAGCUCACAAGAGAUGCUUUUUAUAUCUAAACAUUCUCUGCGAGAGCUGGGAUAUCAGGUACUGAUUUACCAGACAGCCUUUGGAGAGAACUGGAAAUACCGGUGUCGUCUCACAGUGCUGACAGGCCUACUGAAGUCAGACUGGCCUUUUUUUUUUUUUUGUUUGUUUGUAUGGUUAUUUUUUUCGAUGCCCUUUCACGCUCAGCUGAGACCAGAUUCGGUUUCUUCCACAGCAGGCGGGUUUGUGUGCUAAAAGGGCGGCUUGAUCCCUGAGCCCAGGCGUUUGAGAAAAAGGCCAUUCUUCUUAAUAAGUCUGAGGGCUGAGACGGCAAUAAAACUCAAUCUCGCCGCUGAGGACUUUAAUAAGAUGACAGAGGCGCUGAUAGAGAUGGAGACGUUUUCGAAGGAUUAGUUGAGACAGGAAUGAAAAUGCUGUCAUUUAUACUCGCCCUCGUGUUGAUCAAAAGCCGUAUGACUUUCUUUGCCUCGGUGGAGGUCGAAAUGAGAAGCUCUGAAGAAUGUCCUAGCUGCACUUUUCCCAUACAAUGUCUAAAGGAUUGAAAACGACCAAAAAGCUCCAGAAAGUAGUUCAUAUUACUCGUUUCCUGUAUUCUGCAGCAUUCUUUGAGAAAUGAUAACCACAGAAAAUUGUCCUCUGCUUUAGUUCUGGAAUUGGUUUUGCAUAUUCCAAAAUUACACGAAGAUGUUCGAUGCCAAUGAUUGGUUCUUGCAUGUCUCAAACAAACAAAUUUUGAAAGUGUGCAUGAUUUUUCUGUGAACUGAGAUUUAAAGGCCAUUCACACCAAGAAUGCUACGCAUGCUGCAGUUUUGUCAUCUGCCACUUUAAAUGCUUGAGCUCUUCAAAGCUGGUGGAUUCUGAUUGGCUGUCAAUGUUUUUGAUAUUCAAAAGCUGGAGGGAAAAAAAAACUAUUUUGAAAUUGAUUGCAAUGAUACGUUUCUGUUAAAGGUGUUGUGUGGACUCCCUAUUCUUGAUUAGAACGAACGUUAACGCUUUGUAGUUACAGUUAUUGUCACAUUCACACCAAGGAUAAUAACUAUAUAGCAAUCGACACAAAUGGAUGGUAACUGUUUAUUAUAAGUGUGUUAAAGGGAUAGAUCCACCCCAAAAUGAAAAUAGUCAUUAAUUAUUCACCCUCAUGUCGUUCCAAACCCAUAAAACCCAUUAUUUUUGAUGAAAUCCAAGAGCUUUCUGACCCUUCAUAGACAGCAACACAACCAUCACAUUCAAGGCCCAGAAAGGUAGUAAGGACAUCAUUAAAAUAGUCCAUGUGACCAUCAGUGGUUCAACCGUAAUUUUAUGAAGCAAUGAGAAUACUUUUUAUGCACAAAGAAAACACAAAUAACGACUUUAUUCAACAAUUUCUACUCUUCCGUGUCAGUCAGAGAUGGACGUUCCACGUCAGCAGCACCAUAUGUAUGCAUCAUGGUAAUCUCGUGUACUUGCGACACAUAAAGAGAAGAAAUUAUUGAAUAAAGUCGUUAUUUUGUGCACAAAAAAAUAUUAUUGUAGCUUCAUAACAGUUUAUCACAUGGGCUAUUUUAACCAUAUCCUUACUACCUUUCUGGUAGUUGCGUUGCUGUCUAUGAAGGGUCAGAAAACUCUUGGAUUUCAUCAGAAACAUCUUAAUUUGUGUUCCGAAGAUGAGCGAAGGUCUUACGGAUUGGAACGACAUGAGGGUGAGUAAUUAAUGACAGAAUUUUCAUUUUUGGGUGAACUGUCCCUUUAAUGCACUUGUAAUAAUCAGUUACCAUCCAUUGAUGUCAAGUUAUUGUAGCAAGUAAUUUUUGACAGAAAUGGCCUUCUUAGGUGAACUAACCCUUUAACUUUGUAUAUUCGUCAUCUUUGGUGUGAACGAGCCUUUGAAUUUCCCUUUUGUCCCUUAAACUAAUACGUUUCAGAAUACAGCACACGUGUCACAUGAAGCAGUUUUCUAUAGAAAAGAGAAGCAAGAACAUUAUUCACACCAUCUUACAAGAUUUAAAAAGCAGUUUUCACUGAAAUAAGAUCAAAGCAUAUUUGUGAGUGAAUAAACGGUAUGCUUAUUGCAAAAUUAAACCGCACUCAAUAGCAACUCAUCUGAUAUGCUCAUUGAAGUGUUGAAUAAACAUCCUCUCACCAGUUCUGAAAUUCCUUUUAUUUUGCCUCGGAUGCAAGCCGAGCUUCAGUUCAAACAAUCCGGCACCACCUACUCGUUCUGAAUGUCAGCACAACUUUUUCUUUUCUACCUCCAAAAAGGGCACGUUGAACCUUUCCACAAAAAACAUGACAAACACAUUACAUCGCACUAAAUUCAGCCUAAUAGAAUCAUUUCAAAAGAACAGAAAUAGUGCCUCGUCUCGCAGGAACUGAAGAUCUGCGGCUCUCCUUCGGCCCAUUAACGAGUCUGAUAAAACCUAUUAAACGAUUGCGGAACAUCUAAAGGGGAUAAUAAGGUGCGCUCAGCAGAUUUUCGCAGCGCUUGAAGUAAAAAUAACAACAGUAGCACUGAUUCUUGUACUAUUAGUCAAUGACACGCUUGUUAGAUUGGCGGUCACAUGGCAAAUCAAUGGGAGUGAGCUGAGCAUGAGAGAAAUAUAUUUCCAAUAUUCCCUUAGAAGAUGAGGACCAACAUGAUAUCGCUCUCGCCAGUAGCUGGACCAUCCAUAUUUCUGUCUCAUUGCUCAAUUAGUAUGUAUGUAGCAGCCUCAGUCUCACUUAUAAUGCCAAGUAGGCAAAAGCUUCCAGCGCCGAAUACGAGAUCCCGUUCCUCCCAGCUGAACUAAUUAUGGAAAGCAUUUUAAAUGUGCCAUUUCCAUAAACUAGUUCUCUCCUCCCUCUUCUGGGAGCUGGAACGAAACACAGUCCGUGUAAGUUUUCCUCUGCCGUCAUGGAAACAUGGAAAGUUUAGGCCGUCCUAUGAAGUGCACAUGAAAUAUUGAUGAUCGCCCACUGCACGCCUCAUGUAGUGAAGUGCAUAAUGUGUGUUAUUAAUUCAGACCGAUGGUGCGUUUCUCCAUGUGAAUUAUGGCAAAUUGGCAUCAAUAAAAACCAAACGCUUCAACAGCACUUUUAAAUAUCAUUAAAUAAACACGAAUGCAACAGAUGUUUGUAAUUAAUUUAAUGACUGCAGUAUUGACAGCAGACACAAAACUGUUAAAUGCUUUAAUGCAAUGCUGAAAGAUGUGUUAUAACGAAUCCCGAUUAUUGUGUGCUAAAAUAGCUCAGAAUGGCAAACAUCUAACGGUUUCGGUGAUCCAAAAGAUCAGUAGCCUUCUAAGAUACAUCACUCCAAGCCAGCGUUCAGCAUGUAUAAACUAAUCCCAAAAUGCAUUGCGACAAGCUUAGCGGAAACAUUCAUCCAUGGCAGAUUGACUCUGUAGUGGUUUAAGCACAAAGUGACGACACCUUUGGUAAUACAGAAGAUAUACUGACAUUUCAUUCAACUCCAGCGAGUAUGGAUGAUAAAUAUAAUUAAACAUUUAAUUAUACUGAACUAUUUAUUUAGUAUGGAUAAUUAAAUGUAAUUAGUAAUGAGAUUUAACUGUUUGGGGUUGGUGAGAUUUUUGAAAACUGAAAUUAUGACAAUUUAAAAUAGCUCAAAGCGAAAAGAGCAGUAUUUGUUUGAAAUGGAAAUUGGUGAUAUUACUUUUGAUCAUUCGAAUGCAUCUAUGCUGAAUAAAAUAUAAAAGAAAAAAAACAUUUAAACAUUAAUGCAAUUAUAUUGAAUUAUUAAGUAUGGAAAAUAAAUAGUUAAUCUGAAAUAAACCCAAUUUUUGUGUGUAUUUUUAUUCUUAUUAGAGGAUUGCAUCAUUAGCUUAGCUGCAUGCUAUAGUUAAUUCUAUUUGAAUUAUUUAUGAGUUGAGUUGCCUUUGUGGCUGCCUAUGAAGGGCUCUCCGAAUCUGUUAUUUAUGAGCUCCUCUUUCAAUUAACAUGCUGCCUUAGAAAGUAGCUACCUAUGUAGGCAGUAUACUAGCUAUUUGGAACAGUUGAACUGCAUGGUUUAUAGUGCCAUUGUAUCUUUGUGC